GACUGUAAAGGUAAAACAAAGACAUUCAACUUGACUUUCUUCAGGAGAAACCUUGUGAGUUUCUUUGCAGCAGCUGGACAUCCCUCACGUUCAGGAGAAGGAUGUGAAGAAGGAGGUGAUUGUACAAUUGUGAUUGUACCAGCUACUUGGGAUGAGCACUGGGACUGGAUCUCCCUGUGUGGCUGGAGGGCAUUGACAACCUGGAUGUUUUGUGGGGGCUUUCCUUCAUCCUAAACAGCACAGGGCUGUUAGUUUGGAUAUAGUUAUUUUGGAUAACACACUAAAAUAGAGACAGUUUUGCACCUUUUUUAAAUUUUCUUAAAAUGUCACUUGCUAGUCUGACCUGCUUGUGUGAGGAGCUGUGACUUUUUUAUUCAUACUGAUCCCACUGAAAGUAGACUGAAACUGUUGGCAAGAUGUCCUGUCUGCUGGGUGCAGCAUGCUAGGAACUGAGAGGGUGUUGCAGCUUCAUGCAGAAGACAUCUUGGUAUUUUCAGUGCAUUAACUGCAACCAAUCUUUCUUUUUCCUUUCUAGUGGAACUAGGUAUUGGUUCCUGAAGAAAAGCAUAUACGAUACCAGUAACUGCAACGCUCUUCCAGGACUUUAAAUCUGAGGCUUUUUUCAUAAUUUUUGGUAUCAUCUGAAUCUGACAAAGUAAUUUUACACUCCAUUGACAUUUAAAAACAAAAUUAGAGUGUUUUCCACUGUGUUAGAAGAGAGUAAUUCUAAAGAGGAGAAUUUUAUUUCCUUUGCUGAAUAGUUUGGUGAAGAUACACCCAUGUCUCAACGCCGCCUUUUAAGGGAAGGACAUGAAAGUCCUUUUAGGAUCCUACAAAGAUUCUUGCAAAUCCCUCAUGGCAGAAGACACUCAAGAAAUAACCCACAUCAAAUAUGCUCUGAUGAAAUCAUGCAUCAGGAUAUCAUUCCCCUCUAUGCUGCAGAUAUUCAGGACCAAUUAAAGAAACAAUUUGCUUAUCUGUCAGGUGGAAGAGGGGGAGAUGGCUGCCCUGUUAUCACCUUUCCAGACUAUCCAGCUUUCAGUGAGAUUCCUGAAAAAGAGUUUCAGAAUGUUCUGACCUACCUGACAAGCAUUCCAAGUUUACGAGAUGCUGGAAUUGGAUUUAUUCUUGUCAUAGAUCGCAGACAGGACAAAUGGACUUCUGUGAAAGCUUCCAUACUGCGGAUAGCAGCAUCUUUCCCAGGAAACCUGCAAUUAGUCCUCGUUCUGCGCCCAACAGGAUUUUUUCAUCGAGCUCUCUCGGACAUUGCUUUCAGAUUCAACAAAGAUGAGCUUAAAAUGAAAGUACCUAUCAUAAUGCUGGGCUCAGUGUCAGAACUGCAGAGUUACAUUGAUAAGACACAAUUAACAGAAGAUCUUGGUGGCACCCUGGAUUACUGCCACAACAGAUGGCUGUCCCGUCGCACUGCUAUAGAAGGUUUCGCCCAAAAGGUUAAGCAAACAGCUCAGAUUCUUCAGUCCUUUGGGACUGAGCUGGCUGAAACAGAACUACCAAACGAUGUGCAAUCAACCAGCUCCCUUCUUGCAACACACACGGAAAAGAAGGACAAAAUGAAGGAGGACAUCAGGGUAGCAGUAGAACAGGGAGAUGAUAUCCUUGGAAGUAUUACAAAACCAGUUACUGAGAAUCCUGAUUACAAACUGAAUCAAGAUCAGCUAGACAAUCAAACAACAGUAGAAAGGCUAUUGGCUCAAUUACAUGAAACAGAGACCGCCUUUGAUGAGUUUUGGAUGAAGCAUCAGCAAAAACUAGAGCAGUGUCUGCGCCUUCGGAAUUUUGAACAGAAUUUCAGAGAGGUCAAAGCAGCUUUGGAUAUUGUGUCUGAGAGACUGUCUGCUUUCACAGAUGUGGGAAACAGCUGUUCACAUGUGGAGCAUAUUUUGAAAGAUCUUGCCAACUUUAAAGAAAAAUCAGAUGAAACUGUAACAAAAGCCAAAAUGUUAGCCUCAGAGCGUGAUGCUUUUAUUCAAAGCAAUCAUUAUGCUGUGGACUCCAUUAUUCCAAAAUGCAGUGAACUUCAUCAUCUCUGUGAUGCCUUCACUACUGAAAUAGAACGGAGGAGAAAACUUCUUAACAAAUCCCUGGAACUGCAUGACUUACUAGAGAAGUCCAUGAAGUGGUGUGAUGAAGGAAUUUACCUGCUGGCUUCCCAGCCAGUAGAUAAGUGUCAGUCUCAGGAUGGUGCAGAAUCAGCACUACAGGAGAUUGAAAAGUUCCUGGAUACUGGUGCUGGCAAUAAAAUCAAGGAGUUGAAUAAAAUUUAUGAAGAGUAUGCUCACAUCCUCAAUGAAGACCUAAAGGACCACGUGCAAAAGGUUUUCCAGAAGCAAGAAAGUAUGGAAGAAAUGUUUCAAAAGCGGCAAGUAAGUCUUAAGAAGCUGGCAGCUAAGCAGACACGUCCUGUUCAGCCAGUUGCUCCAAGACCUGAAGCAUUUGUAAAAUCUCCUUGUACCUCUCCAGGUCUCCAAAGAGAAAACGUGUCCAACUCAGAAAGCAGUGCACUUCGGAGGGUAAACUACAGAAAAGCAAAGAGUGAAACGACUGAACUCCAUCAAAGCAGAGGAGGAUCUACAAUGGAUGAUGAAGAAAACCUAGCUGUAUUACGACAGCAUGUAAUGAAUGAACUUAUCGAGACUGAACGAGCAUAUGUGGAAGAACUUCUCUGUGUUCUUGAGGGUUAUGCUGCAGAGAUGGACAACCCCUUAAUGGCUCAUCUCAUUCCACCAGAACUGCAAAAUAAGAAAGAUAUCUUGUUUGGGAAUAUGGAAGAAAUUUAUCACUUUCACAACAGGAUAUUCUUGAGAGAACUAGAAACCUAUGUGGAAUACCCAGAACUGGUGGGACGGUGCUUUCUGGACCAGAUGGAAGACUUCCAGAUUUAUGAGAAAUACUGUCAAAAUAAACCUCGAUCUGAAAGUCUGUGGAGGCAGUUUUCAGACUCUGUAUUUUUCCAGGAAUGUCAAAGGAAACUCGACCACAAGCUCAGUUUGGACUCAUACUUGCUGAAACCUGUUCAAAGGAUAACCAAAUACCAAUUAUUGCUAAAGGAAAUGCUGAAGUACAGUAAGAACUGUGAAGGUGCUGAAGAUCUUCAGGAAGCACUGACAUCUAUCCUGGGCAUUCUUAAAGCAGUUAAUGAUUCUAUGCACCAGAUAGCCAUUACAGGCUAUGAUGGAAACCUGAAUGAGCUGGGCAAGCUUUUAAUGCAGGGAUCCUUCAAUGUCUGGACUGAUCACAAAAAGGGUCACACAAAGGUGAAGGAUUUGGCACGCUUCAAGCCAAUGCAGCGACACCUCUUCCUGCAUGAGAAAGCAGUGCUGUUCUGUAAGAAGCGAGAAGAAAAUGGAGAGGGAUAUGAGAAAGCACCUUCUUAUAGCUACAAACACUCCUUAAAUAUGGCUGCAGUUGGAAUAACAGAAAAUGUCAAGGGUGAUGCAAAAAAAUUUGAAAUCUGGUAUAAUGCACGGGAAGAAGUUUACAUUGUACAGGCUCCAACCCCUGAAGUUAAAGCUACUUGGGUAAAUGAAAUAAGAAAAGUGCUAACAAGUCAACUGCAGGCAUGCAGAGAAGCUAGUCAGCACAGGACACUAGAACAAACACAGAGCUUACCUCUCCCACUACCAGCAUCAUCUUGUGCAAGUCCUUCACGAAACCACAUCAGAAACACCAAAAAAACGGAGGAGAAAAAAGCUGAUCUCACAAGUCUAGAAGGUUGUGGCACUACAGUAGCACCAAAGUACCCUGAGAAAGGCAAAGCUUCUCCUACCAGUCCUGACAAAAAAGCCAAACGGCACGAAGUAGUGAGUGACCCAACUCCUUUUGGUUCAAGAGGCUGGGCCAAGCCAUCCCAUUCUCUUGAUGCAUCCGAAGAAAAUGACGGCUGGUCUAGUGCCGAAGAGGCGCUGAAUUCAUCGGAUGCGGAGGAAGAAGGAGCGGGAGGAGCAGGCGAGAUCAAGCUGACUCCUGGUAAAUAUACAGUUGUGACUGAUUAUGACAAAGGAGUUUCUGAAGAAUUUACAGUGAAAAGUGGAGAUCUAGUUCAACUGAUUCGUGAAGGGGAGGAUGGACUUUGGUUUGUAAAGAACCUGAGCAGUGGUAGAGAAGGUUGGAUUCCAGCAAGCAAUCUGCUGAUGCUCAUAGGCAACUCAAAAUCAGCUCAAUCUUUAAGCAGCUCUGAAUCAGGCACUGCCUCCAGCAAUUUGAGCACAUCAUCAAGUUGCAGUGAUAGCUGCAAUGUCAGUAGCACCAGCUUCUCUGACAUUAAGGGCUAAUAUGACAUGUUCAUCCCACCUCCCUGGAAGGUAAAUCUGGAGAGUGUAUUUUACUGCAGAGUUCUGGACAUUGGACUUCAUUGAGAACCACCAGAACUGUGUUGCCAACUCUGAAUAUUUUUAGUGGUGAAUUUUACAGGUUCUCCCAGAGGAUCCCAAUGAAAAGUGCAUGGAAUGUGAAGUUGUAAAUAAAAGUUAAAUGAUUUGAAAUAGGAUUUUGUAGAGGUUUCUGCUCUGAAGUUCUGUUAGCAUCAAGAGCAUUUUCUCCUUGACACACGAUCAGGUUUCUGCAGAACUGUAUCUUUAUGUAACAGCCAGAAUCUGAAUGUGAGCAAACAAAAUGUGUUCAAUGCUAAAUGCUCAUUGUAAACAAAUAACAUAGCAAUCACUGUACAGGAUAGGUAUGAGGAAAAUAAAUCCAAGUUUACAAUUUCUUCUCCCCAAGAAACCCUUUCUCCAAGGACAUACCUCGGUCAAUGCAGUGAAUGGGACUCCCAUGGCAACCAGGAAGGAGGUUUGGUCCACCCUUUCCUCUUGGAUUUUCAGGAUAUUCUUCUGCUCCCUAGAGGCUGGGAUGCAGACAUGACCAAUUCACUGGCCACAACAACAUCAAGAGACACUAUUACUUUUUCCCUUCCAACAUUUUAGUGACAUGUGCAAUAGAAUUAGCCCUUUUUUUGUUUGGCCUCACAACCAAAUUCUUUACCAAGAUCACUGUUUACAUAGCCUUGGCAAUUUAGUAGUAUGCUUUUCCUUAUGUAGGUGCACAAUGAAACACAAAUGUUCUUAUUCACUAAAUUAUUUUUUAAUAAAUAGUAAUUGCAUGGUUACUUUCUGGUGUCACAACAUGCAGUUACAGGCAGAGGAAACUAUAGUAACUGCACUAUGGGUCAAGAGCCUUCCUUCAAACAAACCUAUGAGGGCUGGAAAUCCAAAAUAUUUUUAGUCCACGGUGUUUGUUCCAGAUAUAUUGAAAGAUAAAAACUCCCCAAUUAUAUAAUUUUUCUAUAAAACUGUAGCACAGGAGGGAAAAAAAUAAGAGUCAGAUUUAUGUUACAGAUGAGUAUUUUAAAAUUUUUUAAAGGAAGAGUGAUGCUAAAUUUGCCAUUUUUCAGGGUAUGAUGCAAGCUAAUAUAAAUUUUCACUUUGUCUGAUAUUCUUUGCACACCAUCCUUACAAAGAGUACAAAACUAAGUGCAGAUAUGGAAUACUGUAUUCAUUCCUGUCCAUCUCUCAAAUAGUUUUGCAUAUAUGAAAACAGGUUUUUAACUGAUUCAUGCACCAAAUUAUUUAAAAAUAAUGGGGACAUGAAGAGCAUAACUUUUCAGAAGCACUAAGCACAGCAGAUUAUGUCAGUGGGAACUGCAUUUAACCAUCAGCUCACUGAUGGCUGAGCCCUGAAUUCUCUCUUUAUGCCAGAAUUUUAUGUUUUAGAGACUUCAGAUUAAAUGACAAACACAUCUAGGAAUGAUGCAGAAGCAACCCUACCCCAGAGGCAAUCAAAAUGCAGCUGGCCACGGUCAGCACAAACUGAAGCAUGUAUAUACACACACAAAUGUAUGCACAGAUGUAUGUGCAUGUAUAUGCUUGUGUGUAUAUAUCUGCCUGUGUAGAUAUGUAUAUGUGUGUAGAUAUGAUGUAUCAAUGUAAAAGAUGUAUUUAUAGUCUUCAUGCUGCUGAAUGUGUCACUUUACAAUUCAUAAAUACUUAGUUUUCUUGCAGUACUGCAAUAUAAAUGCUGAUCAGGGUUUUACUUCAGGCAUCUUUUUCAAUAUGAAAAUCCUCUGAUCUUUUUUUUAUUAUUCCAUAUAAUACUGUGCUGACCAGGAAUAUUUAGUCUGAUAUUUAACAAUGGAAUAGCAACAUGAGAUUCGGCUUAUCUUCAUCUAUGUAAGUUAUUUUGUAAAUUAUCUGUAACAUAAUUUACUUAUAUAUUGCUGUCAUUGCUUGGAUGAGACUAUUGUUUCAUUUCUCACUGCAGCGUCAUUUGUGUUAUUUCAAUGGUUUUUCCACAUCAUUGCACUUUAAUACAACCCAUUUCACCAUUUCCUUUUUUACUGCUGUUGUGAAUUAGGAGUUCAAAGUCAGAGGUCUCUACUGUAAUUAAUUUGAAUAAAUUUCAGCGCUUCUUGCUGAAUGCCUUUA